AUGACACUUGUACUUCACUGUAAAGCAGGUAAGUAACACUUAAUUUGUAUUUGGACUUUUGAGGAGCGCUUUUCAUCUUUCAGGGGCGAGUUAAUGAAAGUCUAGUAGCCUAAGUCAGGCGUUAAUGACGCACUUUGAACCCUUUGGGCGAGGUGUCAUGAAAAAUGGAAAGGUGUUUUACUAACAAAAAAAGUUCUAGCUGUUUAAAAUGAAUGUUUAUUGAGGACUCAUCCUGAUAAAUGUCAAAAAUGUUUUGAAUAUUUCAUACUUUAAACACGAGCUUGACACAUUGACUUUAAUUUCUGUCCCCUGGAGUUGAGUGCUGAGGAUUAUCUCGCGCUAUCUGGCCAACCUCAUGGUUAUGUGUGCCAGAGGAGCAGGGGCGGAUCCAGACACGAAGACUGUGGUGACCCUGCUUACUCACAAUGCAGGGGUUAUGCAAUGGAUAGUGCUUAUCUACCCUCAAAAUCUCUGCUUGUCAUAUCUACUUAUACAAGUUUUCAUCGAUCAAGUUUCUUAAAAUGGUAAAAUCCUGGAAUUACUUUAAAACAUGACAGAAACAAACAAACAAACAAACACAAAAUAACACUACAAAAUGGCACAUUUUAUUUCCUGUUUUUAUGUUUUUUAAAGAAGUUAUAUGUGUGUAUAUAUAUAUGUAUAUGUAUAUGUAUAUAUAGUCCAGUUACAUUUCAGCAUGUUAAAUUUGCUGUGUCAUUAGAUAAUUUAAAACAAGGGUAAGCAAUUAGUUUGAUGAUUUUUCUGAUAAAGUUGUUGAAAUUCUCUUUGCAAGUUAAUUGCAUACAAUAUAUUAAAUGCAUCAGUGCAAACUUGUAUUCAAUGCUUGCAGCUCUCUUUUUUUCUAAAAGUUCCUAUGUGAAUAUUCCUCUUGCACAGUAAAUAAAUCAGUGCAUACAUGCACAUUUUGCAAUCUUUCAACUGCAUUAAUUUGGGUUGUCUGCAGAUAUUCAGCUGUGGAAAGCUUACAAGACACACCUGCUACAUUAUAUCUGUCUUGCAUCUCCACCAAAACUACAUACAGGUGUUGAAUCAAAGCUACUAGCCUUGGCUUUGAACAUUUUAAAUAGUCUGUUUCUGAAGGAAGAACAAAAUUUUUAGCAUGUUUUUCCCAGGUUGCCUAGCUCCAGUGUAAAUAGCCUGGCUCAAAAACAAACAAGCAAACAGUUUAUUGACUUGUUUGGUGGCUUGUACGUGAUGAUUUUUAAAAAUAUAUUUUAAAAAGGGUAUGUUUUCUGUCAUGUCAAGAAAUAAGAAUGAAACAAUUAAACAAAAAAGUUUAAAAAAAUAGCUGACAAUGUGAAGUUACUGUGAGGUUUAAUAAGAUUUCAUUUUAAUGUGGUUUCAAAGAAAUACUCGCCAACAGGAGGACAUGAAAAUCAUUUCAGGCCAGAGUAAACCUGCGUAGGAAGUGUUUACACUAGAUGAAGUACCUUCUUUUAUGGGAGACAUUGCUUGAAGCUUCAUCAGUUCUCCACCACAGCUGUUAAGUAUCUGCAGCAGAAACUAUAUCUAAACUUUGUCAUGUUUGCCCACUAUGUGACCCAGAUAAAAACUGCAAAAUGUCUUAUUUCUAACUCAAGAAUACGAACGCAAUGUAACCUCCCAAAGAGUCUCCAGAUAGUAUCAUCCAACCAAUUCUACCUAAAUAAAGCGACUUCGAACAUAAAUACUGAGCAGUUGUGAUAACUUCCUCUUUUUUCUUCAUAACAGAUUGCCCUCUUCCACCAGUGAGACUGAAGUAUGAGUGGCUUGAUCCGUUUACUGUGAAUGUAUCCUGGGAAAAGCCUGAUGGUCUGCAGGACAAGGAGAUCAAGUUCAAAUACUGCCUUGUGAAGAAUGGAGACGACCAAGUAAGAAAACUGAUAUCAGGUGUUUGUGUGGGGUCCAGAGGUGACCUCGUUGAAUUUUGGAAAAUAACAUCUGCUUCUCUUACAGUUUACAGGUCACUUCUAAUAACAACACUACUGACUAAUAAACACAUGAAACUGUUUAAAAAAUUCUUCCGUGGUGAUGCAGCUCUGUUAUCCAGUUAUGUGUUAACUUUAAAACCAUUCGGAUCAGAUUAUCACCAGAUUUUCAAUUGAUCUUCAAUUAUAACACCAAGUUACAACAACCUGCAAAUGAUUUACAAAAGAGCUGGUCUAGACUAAAAUCUUCUUUGCAUAAACAAAGACUCAACAUCAAGAGAGGGAAAUUAAGUCUUGUCUUGGGAGAUCAGACCCACUCUUGCUCCAUCUUAAGCCAACAUGAACGAAACACUUUAAAGUCCUUUUCAUUUAUCUUACACAAACAUUGAAAUCCAUUUUUAAAGGCAGCUAUAUUUAGUCACUGGGUUGUGGGAGGGCCUGUUUCUACACAGGAAAGGAAAUGGCAGGAAAGUUGUCAUAUGGCAUUUCUGCUCUCCUAAGAAGUCUCCAGGCCAGGACUAGGGAUGGGGAUCAAUAACCAGGUUCAUUACACACCCAAUAAAGCAUUUCUCAAAACCCCAAAUCAUUAAUGAUAGAGCUUAACGAUUCUACAAUCGGGUCUCUCUGGUCCUGUGAAGUAAUGUUAUGAGUGAGUAAAGUGACCCCUUGCUAAUUAAAUCUAGGGCUGUAAUCAACCAAAGAAAUUCGAGGUCAACUAAAACCCUGAAAUUUUAAACCAAAAAUCAACUAAACGGUUUUUGGUUGAAGUCGGUUCAACCAAUCGUUUUUUUUUGUUUUUUUUGCAAAUCCAAAAUGGUGAAAACAAGGGGGGUGUUCUGAGACCUGUGAAAUGGAGGUGCUCAGAAAACAGCCCCAUUAGAACUUGGUAUGUUCCUCCUGAUGAAAUUAACCAUAGACAGUGCGAAAAAAUCAAAUCGACUUAUCAGAAUUUUGGUCAACUUAGCAUGUAUCAACCAAUAAGUCAAUUGACUAGGACUUCACAGCCCUAAUUUAAUCAACGGUGCACGCAUAUUAACUGACUGUCUAAUUAAGUGAGCAACAAUAGUUAUAAAAGUGCAUGAAGAAUUUCAGUGGUUAGUUACAACGAUGGCUGAAGGUGCAAGGAGGUCCAUAGUGUGGCCACAUGAUACUGAAGCUGAAGAUGGGGAUGAAUCCAAAUGCAGUUUAUGACACAAAAUAUUUUCCUUCAACCAUACCUCAGUUUCCAAACACAUCAGCACUGUGCGCCAAAUCAAGCCUAAGUACCUGCAGCACUUUUGACUCCAUCAGCUCCAGCUGCUGCUGUGGGGCUGCCUUCCUCCUCAUAAGAAUCAUAAUCUAGCGUUGAAAUCCAUGUUGAAUCAGCAGGACGAAAGCGAAUUAGCUAACUAAUCAAGGUAACUGACAUUACAUUGUGAAGUGUUCAGGGUCAGGCUAGUAAAACAAAAAUUAGGCAGAAGUAAAUGAUAUGUGUUCAUGAAGUGUUCAAAUUUCAUGUCGGUAAAGAAAAAACUAGUUUGCGGUGAAAAAUCUGUAUUGAUACAAAAGCACUGUCAGCCCAGGUUCACACAGACAGUAGUGUGAAAUUAGGGGGUUACCCUGAGCCACAACACCUAGUAAUUAUUAAACAACAGAACAAAACAAAGAACAAAUGACUUCAUACAAAAAGGGACUAAGUGACUGGGGAACAGAGGAGUCACAAUCAUGAGUCACAAUGAGGAAACCUUGUGGAUAAAACUGUUUGUUGUUAUUAAUGUUGAAAAUCAAGACUCAACUUGGACACAGGAAACUUAAACCAAACUUGGACUCAACUCAAACUUAGAGUAACUGAUCCUGUCGUCUCACUGGUGUUCUGAUCAUAUGUACAAACCUAGUACUAUUAAGUUUAUUGGAGUACAAAGUAUCAGACUUUUAUUUGAAGACGUAGUUUGACCCCUGUGUUAUUUGUUUGAGAUCUUUUUCGCUCCAUUCUUGUCACUUUUUUUGCCAUGCACUUAUUUUUUUACAGUACAUGCGUUAGUCAUCAGAUCAGCACGAUAUGAGAAAAACAGGUCACCUGCCAUAAAACUUUUUUAUUGUAAGAUAAUGAUAAGAAGGUCCUACUGACCUUUUUUUUCUUCAACUGUCCACCGGUUUUAAAUUUUAACAGGCUGUUCCUUAUAUUAACACUGAACCUGUGUUUGUACAGUCCCUCCUGCGUCCAAAGUAAAGCCAAAGGCAUUUUUCACCUCCAAAAUGUGACUAAUAAACCUGAGAACAGCUGAUUAGUGACUUUAGCUGCAUCAAAGUUAAGGAAAGCAUGGCACUUAUAUCCAGAUCUCUAUUGAAAAGGUGACUGUGUAAAGAGGGGAAAGCACUGCUUGGCUUUUCUACCGUGUUUUAUUUAGAUUUUUUUCCAUGUGUUCACUGUGCAUGCUCUUGAUAGUAACAAGAAACCCAAUUAUUUGUGCAACUGUACUGGCCGCCUCUGUAAAUAGACCUCUUUUUAAGUUGCAAGUGGGAGCACUUUGUGAAAACUGGUGGUCAUUUUAUUUUUCAGCAUGCUCCUCCAGAUGUAAGGAGUUCUUUCAGGGUCAAAAACCUGUCCCAUGAGUCAUGUAGAUACUGUGACUCUCACAAGGAAAAAACACUUAUGUUAAAUGAGGACACUAAACUGGUCCUGCAGAAAGACUAAUCCAGUGCUUGAACAAAAACCAGAACAAAAAAGCAGAUUCAUGGCUGUUACACACACACACACACACACACACACACACACACACACACACACACACACACACACACACACACACACACACACACACACAGCUAAGAAGUUUAAGAACAGUAUAAGAACGUCCAGUCCAUAAAAUCAUCCAAUGAUUCAGAGAAUCCAAAGAGAUUUCUGCACAUAAGUAGCAAGGCCCAAAACCAACAUUGAAUAACUGUGACCUUUGAGUCAUUGUGGUUUCGUGGACAGAGGGAUGUUCCUCUCUGCGUGAUGCGUAAAGAUAGAAUCAGAUGGGUUUUUUCCAUACUGUACUCAACGACACUGAUGUGUACACCAUACUGUUCUCCCACCUGAUAUGUUACUCAGAUGGGAUACCAGUCACCGUCACCACACCCCUUUUGUUGUGAAACUUUGGCGUAAAUUACCACAAAAAAUGCAGUAUAGGUCAGCUUUACCAUAUAUAGUGCUGAAAAGCACAGACACUGUUGGAGGGUUCCAUGAUAAAUAUGUCAAAUGCAGAAUUUGCUUAAAAAAUGUGAGUGAUAUAGAAAAAAAUCAAAGCCCUUUUCACUUUAAAAGAUAAAACCUGCUGUAAAUCGAGAGUCUGUGGGCAACCUGUUUUUAAGUUCUUUUUAGACUUUAUUUAGAGAGAACAGGACUGUGGGACAGCGUUUGAAAGCGAGUGCAGGAAAGAAGCCGCAGGUGGAAGUGAACCCGGACCAACUGUUAGGGACAAUUAAACAGAUUUCAUAGGGCCAACAAAUUGAUGAGCUAAAAGUCCUCCACACUUAGGCUGUUGUAAGUGAAUGUUGUGUUUAGGCUGUUCCUCUGUCUAUCAGUUUUAACAAAAGCAAAAAGAGCUGUAUAUUUUAAAUCUUUCUGCACAAAAUGUCUCAAAAAUGUUUAUUUUCAUACUCUGAACAAUCAAAGCCGCUCUGUGGGGCUUAUCUUAAAUGUUGAACCUCCAGCCUGUGCUGAUUUGAUGGUUAUUGGAUGGGUAUUUAACCAGGAUGUGUCGUUGAUGGCUUGCUGGUAGGAGACCACAGAGGAAAACCCAGGACAUGCUGGAGAGAUUAUGUCUCUCAGCUGGCCUGGGAACGCCUCGGGUUCCCCCGGGAUGAGCUGGAACAAGUGGCCAGGGAGAGGGAAGUCCAGGGUUCCUUGCUUUGCCCCUCCCCACGACCCGGGAGUAAGCAGUAGAAGAUUGAUGGAUGGAUGGAGGAUAGUUAUAAAUACUUUUAUGUUGUUGUUUUUCUCCAGGAUGUGACAGGAAUAAAGUCGAGAAAUUUCACAUACACUUGUCUAACAGAAGAGACUGACAACGGCAACUGGACAUUCAACGUUUGGACUGAUGGCAGCCAUUCCUGUAAUGGCUCCAGUGAGAACACCCGCGCCCCUAUAACCUUCAGUAACCACAAACUCAAAGGUAAAAGUGAGCAGGUAACACCAAACUACACGAGCAUCUUUUUUUGAUUCUGUGUGUUUGUGACACUUUUGUUUCUGCACUGUGCAGCGAAAUUGGUGAAGGACUUUAAAUGUGUCAUCUAUGGCAAUGAAACAGACUGUUCCUGGGUCCCUGUGGACCCAUCUCUGAAUCUGAUGCUCUCCUACAGGUGAGUUUACAGCCACAGACUCACUUCUAAAAUCAGUGUAAUAUUUGUCUGUAAUGUUUGUAAGUAAUCAUGUACAGUGCCCAGCAUAAGUCAGUACACCCCCUAUUAAAAGUAAUGUAUUACUCAAUAUCUAGAGGAGCAAAAGUACAAUUUCCAAAGUUUUGACCAAGCUGAGUUUAACAUAACAUUUUAUUUACCACAAGAUGAAAAUAAGGGUGAUAUGGUAACUAAAAUUUAGCUUUGCUGUCAAAACUUUAAUUGGGGUGUUCUCAUUUUUGCAUCCUGAUUUUAAAUUGAAAAAAAUACUUUUUUUGUCUGCAACUUAAAAAAUCUUGUUUGCAAUCAAUGGCCUACAUUUGGGGGAGUAUUUAGUUGUAUAGUCUGACAUGGAAAAUGUUGAUUUUGAAAGGAAACUAAAGGUUUUUUGACAACUCUGAAGGGGUGCACUCAUUUAUGCAGAGCACUGUAUAGUGAGCGGAACGCUGACAAGGUGAGCAGGACUUUGACACAGCUACCAGUGAAAGAAAGGUCAGUUGGCACAAAAUCUAACUCCCAGAAAAGACUGUGGGCUCUAUUUUCAUGUCCACCGGGAAUGCGGUGGAUGGUGGCGGACCCCGUGCAGUGGUAUUGAUGUCUGGCUAAGCCCAGCGUACAGCCAGUUUGGUAUUUUCGUGAACUGAGGUGCACCGAGUUAUGCCGUACAUGCGCCGUGUCGCUGGCGGGGCACGAAAAUAGAGCCCUGUGUGUGUUCGUCAAGAUUCAGAGCAAAGUCUUUAAUAACUUUUCAGAGAGCACCAGGCCUGCCCAAGAUGUGUCAUAGCUGCCAUUGGUCUUAUCACGCUCGUUCACGUAAACAUUUGCAGAGUAUUUACUUCCGUACACUCACUUCUCCAAGCAACAUACCUGCAGGAGGUAUGGAUUACACAACCAAGAAGAAAAUAAUAGAAAAUAAUAGGCCAUCAUAUACUAACACAAGCUUUGGAUAGGGAAACUAGAGAGUAAGCAGUUGAGGAGUUAAUGAAAAGUAUUGUAAUCAUGUUCGACAUGUUCAGACAGAGUUCCUCCUCUUUCACAGACCUGAACAGACCUUUGAUACUAAGACUUCCUUGUAAACCUGAGAGUGAUCAACACCUGCAGGGUGGGGACAACACCGUGUUUCUAUCAGACACAUCACCAAAGCAAACCAAACCUUUGAACCAUGUCUGAACACGGACGGUUCUGUCUCAUCUUCAUGCACUUUCAUAAAACAAAGAGGAAUAUUUAUGUUUUCAGUUUAAUUAUUGCUUUUAUUAUUAUUAGGUUAGUUUUGUGUUAGGUUGUUAUACAUGUUCACAACCAACUUGCAAGCCACAGAGAGCAGUUAGUCAUUACAGAUGUUGUUUUAAUAUGAUUAAAAAUUUUAAAAAAAAAAGAAAAACUGAUCGUUGGGGCCAAAAAUACACAAAGGUGGACUGCACAGGUGUCAUCUCCACUAUGUAUGGGAAACAUAAAAAUCAAUGCUUUUAUUGAAGGUUGAAGGUAGGGCUGUGUGAUGAAUACUUUGAUUCAUUUGCAUUUUUCUUGAACUGACACUGUAUUUUUUUUUCUUUAAUUAGCUGCUAAAAUACUUUGAUUUUAAGGAAUGAUCCUGGUUUGUGGUCAAAUAUUGUGUAAUUGCUGUAGUUUGGUUUCACACAGAACAAGGCGGCGAAGUGACAGAGCUUUCUGAAACACAUUUCGUUGUCCUGCAAAACCGCUCUAUUUAAGGCUAAGUACUUAGUUUUUAUGGAGUCCAUGGUUUUCCUUUUCAUUUUGUAGAUAUUUUUCCCCUCAGAUAAAGCAUUUAAAAUCAGGGGACAACAGAGAUGUAUUCAGGAGUGUAAAAAAUGUGAUUCAAAGUACUCUCCUCUGUGCUGAACAGUUUCCCUGAGGUACAGCAGAGUUUGUUGUUGCCACAGUACCUGAAGAUGAAAUGUGUUGAUGCUUUGCGUUAAAUAACUUUAUUUAUUUGUGAGGCACAAGUCCAAUUUGUGUGAGUUUUCAAUGUUUACGUCAAUGUUUUAGUUGUAAGUAUAGCUCUGGAAGACAAGAACGUGCUCUUUUUAUCACAGCAGAUAAUUUGGACUAUGUGAGCAUCUAGUGGUGGCUGAUGGCACUGCAGCAGGUUUACAAGACUGUGGCAAAUAAAAGCAUUUACUAAGAUUUACUGAAGCAUUUACUAAGAUUUACAAAGAUUCAAAUAAUAAGGAGGAAAAAAAUCACAGACACCCAAGACGAAAUGCAGUCUGGGAGAUUAGAAGAGAGAAAGUAAAUAAGCAAAACAAGGAGAACAAAAGCUGAAAAGCUAAAGUGUCCUUAGCUAAUAAUAAAUGUACUCCUUUGCAUUUUCUCUUGUCCUCACAGGAUUUGUGGACUUGAUGAGGAACGUUUGAAAGGUUUGAAAAAGUGCAACCGGUUUUACAGCAAAGAAACAAGGACUGGAUGUCGAGUGAAGCUUGAUGCCAAGAAGGGGGACAUCUGCAUCCUGGUGGAGACUGAAACCAGCAUGAGCACCUUUAAAGCUGAGCUUGGUUGGUAUAAACCCUCACAGUCUUUUGUUUUGUGUCAUUUUCAUGAGUUCAGGUGCAUCUCAUCAAAUAAGAAUAUUGUGUUUUUUGUCAUAAUGUAAUCCAAAUAGAUUAACAUUGAUAUAUUAGAUACUCAUUGCAUGCAAGUGAAUUAUUCAAGCAUUUCCUCAUACAUGUAGGUGAUCAGUCUUUGGCCUCCUAACAAAUAUGCUUAUUUUCUGCAGUGUCAGGUAAGGGGAGUUGGCAGGCCAGUCAUUGAUAUUUUGGUCGUUGUUUUGGUGCUGUGGGCAAAAUAACUUGUGGAGAAUGAGAAAAUUCAGGAAAAAACAGGAGCAUAUCUUUAAAUAAAGGAUGAUUUCCAAGUGGUCUUCAAUUCAGUCCAGUGAACUGAAACCAGACUAAACCCUGUUCCUAGAUUUGCUGAGGAGCAGGAGUUUUUCCACAAUCCUCUAAUUUGUCCAGAUGCAUCUGUAGUUUCUGUUUGGUGUAAUAAGUAUUCAAGUUCUACAUGCAAGUCAACAAAUGCUGGAUUUUUUCAUCUUCAGCUGUCCUUUCACCGAAGCUGACAGUCAGAGAAGAGAGGAACAAACUCAUACUGAGUUGGAAACAACCAGAAAUUGGUAAACAGUGUGUGUGGAAAUAUGAAGUCUGCCACACACAGUGCAGCAACCCCAAAGUAAGUUUUUGAGCAAAACCUUCUCUAAACAAAAACCUUUCCUGUUUUUACCCCCAAAAUCUUUCAUGCGCUUGUAUUUCCUCAAGAAUUAUAGCCCUGAUUGUAUUUAAACUGAUUGACGUGACUGUAUUUUAACAUAUCACAAACACUUGAUGGUACUGUAGAGUGACACUUUAACCAUGUUGUAGAAAAGCUCCAAAACCCAUUUCUCUGACUGUGAUUUUAUUGCUAAGCUCGUUGAGUGAAAAUCAGCUGAUAUUACCAAAUUGUUGUUUUCUCCAUCUGAGGAAGUGAUUUUGCUUGUUCAUUUCCUUUUAGGUGUGCAAUAACUACCCUAUGACUGGAGAGCCUUUAGUAGAGAUGACCUACGACAAGAGCUGCCGUUACGAGAUCCAAUCCAGAGUCUGGACUGACUACUGCAAGAAAAUAUCCAGCGACUUCAGCGAAGUUGUAACUUACGGUAACUUUCUUGCCAGUCCUACUUCUGAGAUAUUUAUACCUACAGUGUGUUGAUAAUGCUCACUUAAAGGGAUAGAUUGGGAUUUUUCAAGUGGAGGCCCAUUGAAGAGAUUGUGCCCAGUGAACUGACAUGCAAGCUAGGAAGUUUCCUGCAGAUGGGCCAUCAAAACUAUGUUUUAGCGAUAUUUUUUAAGCUGCUCAGCUUUCUCUCAAUACUGGACUGAUGUUAGAAAUCAUUCUUAGGUCUAGCACAACUUCCAAGGUGCUCAGAGAGAAAAGGUCUUGAAGAGAUCAAAAGAGCUCCAGCAACACUUGUAGUUCAGGAAACAACUUGAUUAGAUCAAAGGGUUUCAGCUUGUAGCCUUCAUCAAGGUCAUCAGAAAUGCUUUACAAACAACACUUAACUCAAAAAUGUCAAAGAGUUGAACAGUUACAAGAUUUGACCAGUUCUUCUGAAUCAGCCAAUGGAAUGGCUGCAGGGGUUUGUCAUUUCAGUCACCAUGUGGUUUUGGACCAAUGUGGUAACUGAAUUGACACAACCGCAAAUCUUAUAACUGUUUAACUCCUUGGAUUUUUUCCAAUUUCAAACUUACUCUUUCUAAGAAAUUAUUCUUAGGUCACACAAACGUGGAAAAAAUGGGGCCCAACUUGAGAAAUACCAAAGUAACCCCUUGAAAUGACUGAAAGAGACGUGAAGCAGAUGUCUAUGAUGUUGUUGUGUCAAAAAUGAUAUUUUCUGUUAUACCUAUACCUAUAUAGUUAUAGCUAUACUUUCUGUCCUCAUUUUGUUUAGCUGGGAUUUCUAAUCAUCUUCAUGAAGUCGGUAAUGAUAGACGUCAUUUGUCCUUGAUUAUUCAGACAGUGUCAGGGGCAGGGACCAAAUUUUAAAGUAGCAAACAGAUUCUGGUGCUAAAAACAUGAAUAGGGCUGUCUGAAUAUGGCCAAAAUCAUAAUCAUCAUAAUUAGUUAGAUUUUUAUUGAGAUAACGAUCAUUGAACAUGAUUAUUUAUUGUUUUUAGUAUGAAAACUAAACUAUUAAAAUAAACAAUAAACUAUUGUUCCUGUUUAGUCUGGAGAAUUUGCUGUUUCUCAUUAACCUCUGUCAUUGUUGAAACACUUUAUCUUUCAUGAGCCGAAAGCUUUAAAGUAGUCUUUAAAAUGACUCAAAUGUGUGUGUGUGUGUGUGUGUGUGUGUGUGUGUGUGUUUCACUGCAGGUACUGACAACUCUUCUGACCGAACUCUGACUUUGGUUGCCAUCAUCCUUCCCGCCAUUCUGUCCGUCUGUGUCCUUCUGUCCUGCUACUGUUUUAGGAGGUAACUUCAAAAAUGACAUUUUUCCUGUAUAAUGUCAACCAAACCUUUAGACCAUUGAAUUUCAAUACCAAAGUUCAGGCGCAGCCUUAAAAAUUGGAAAGGUCUCUUUGAAGGUGGAGGUAUAGCUCCUCUUCAUUCUUAAAUUUGACUUUGUUUGACAAUCCGAGAGUAUAAAUUAGUUUCACUUUUUGAAUGAAACUACAGGGGAAAAUCUGGCUUUUUCGGGACAUUCAAAUCUUUCUGAGUAGCAGCUGUGUAAUUUGAGGUAUCCAGCUGCUUUAAACCUAUUCCAGGUGCUAAUGAUGUAAAGACACUUGUGAAAUAAACAGCAAAGCUGUCGCAACAGGUGAAAUGAUUGUAAUCUGGAAGCAAUGCUUUUCGUAAAAAACAUGUCACAAGUUCCUUUAAACAUGAGGAUGUGGAGUCAUUGUGGUGACUAAAGACAACCACAAUGACAAAAUCACAUGUGAAAGGCAUAAGAAGUUCACUUUGAAGUCUACUUGAUGUGCCUGAAGCGGUACUUUACUGUGAGAGACUCAGGUCAUUGUCCUCAUGUCCAUAUGUGACCAUGAAAAUCUGAGGCCACCAGACCUUAUUGUGAAUCUGAGCAAACUCUUCAAAGACACUAAAGUCACAGAGCAAAAAAUACAAAUCAAUUGGUCUAGACAGAUGUUUACCAGCAACAGCUGCAUAUUUGGUUGGUUUGGUUAUGGCGCCAAAAAGAGAAGGCUUUUACAGCAGUUUCUGGUUAAAAACAGGAUUUGACUUAAGGUCUAAGGUCCAAAACAUAAACAGAUUUCCAGUGAAAAUCUUAGCCCCAUCUCUUCGAGCUGUAUCAGUCCUAUGUUCUAUUUGUCUUGGAAAUUUCCACAGCAUACUCACAUAUGCUUUGGGUUUUUAAAGUCUGUCUGUUCACAAACAAACAUUUCAGAACACUUCAUGAUUAUUUCUUCCUGUCAUUAACCUUUUGGUUAACACAUGUUUAUUUACAGACACAGCGCCAUAAUUUGCCCGAACAUACCAGAUCCAUCUGCAAUCUUCAAGGAAAUGAUGAUGAAUGGAAGCAAAGAGCGAAAGGUGCAUUUUAGGCCAAAAUGACAAUACGAACGAGUGCAUUUGAAUGAACUACAGCAUCAUGAAAAAACUCCUUUUUCAUGUUAUUUAAUUUUUAAAAUAAAAACUUUCAUUUGCUCUAGUCUUUUUUUUUGUAAAAUUAAGGUUUUUUAAAAUUUGAUGCUUCUAGUUUACAGAAAGGUACUAUCUGAAAUGUUUCUGGGUUAUUAGAAAAAUGAUGUACCCUUCCUCCUUCUGUGUUUACGAAACAUUUUCAUUACACUUGUCCUUCCUUUUCAGACUACAACUGGAAGUCUGUACACACCGGUACCAGAAACUGUCGAUCCUUGUAAGAUCUCCCCAGUGACUGAAAACAGCAGCUUUCAGGAAAAUGUUUAA